AUGGCUCGGUCCGUUGGGAACCAGUGGGCUUCCCCGCACCAUCUACAUAUGACCAAGCACAUUCAACCUGCAGGCACUGACGAGUAUUCAAUCAAAAUUGAGGAGAACGAAAUGGGUGAACCAGAUUUUCAUCCGCCCAGCAACCAGUCACAGUUCGUCGGGCUCGACACUAUCUGCGUCUCUAAUGCACAGCAUGAACAGCGCACUUUACAAGGUCGUAUUCGGUGGCUGCUAUGGCUGAGCAAACGCAUAAUUUCCCACGCUAGCAAGCACAUUGUUGAGGUCUGUUGA